AGCGCGCCAUCCUCCCCUCCCUCCUCCCCUCCCUCCCUCCUUCUUCCCUUCCCUCUCCCUCUCCCCCUCCCCCGCCGGUGGAUGGGAGUGAAGGACGGAAGAGGCCCUGCGGAGGCGGCGGUGCAGCGCUCGGGUGGAAUGAAUCUUACUUGCUGAAUAUCUCCUGGUUACUGGUUGAAUUCACUUAUAAAAGAAUCAUCUUCCCCUGCGUGGAAGUCACUUAGUGGAAUAUUUAAUUACAAAUCCAGGGAUUGCAAAGCCUUUUGAUUUCCCAAAGGAAGGGGACAUACCACUAUAUCAAAUAAGCUUGACAUUACAGCCAAAAUGGUGCUGUCCCAAAGACAACGAGAUGAACUAAAUCGGGCUAUAGCAGAUUAUCUUCGUUCAAAUGGUUAUGAAGAAGCAUAUUCAGUUUUUAAAAAAGAAGCUGAAUUAGAUAUGAAUGAAGAAUUAGAUAAGAAAUAUGCUGGUCUUUUGGAAAAAAAAUGGACAUCUGUUAUUAGAUUACAAAAGAAGGUUAUGGAAUUAGAAUCAAAACUAAAUGAAGCAAAAGAAGAAUUUACGUCAGGUGGACCUCUUGGUCAGAAACGAGACCCAAAAGAGUGGAUUCCCCGUCCACCAGAAAAAUAUGCAUUGAGUGGUCAUAGGAGUCCAGUCACUCGAGUCAUUUUCCACCCUGUGUUCAGUGUUAUGGUCUCUGCUUCAGAGGAUGCUACAAUUAAGGUGUGGGAUUAUGAGACUGGAGAUUUUGAACGAACUCUUAAGGGGCAUACAGACUCUGUACAGGAUAUUUCAUUUGACCACAGUGGCAAGCUUCUGGCUUCCUGUUCUGCAGAUAUGACCAUUAAACUAUGGGAUUUUCAGGGCUUUGAAUGCAUCAGAACCAUGCACGGCCAUGACCACAAUGUUUCUUCAGUAGCCAUCAUGCCCAACGGAGAUCAUAUAGUGUCUGCUUCAAGAGAUAAAACUAUAAAAAUGUGGGAAGUGCAAACUGGCUACUGUGUGAAGACAUUCACAGGACAUAGAGAGUGGGUACGUAUGGUGCGGCCAAAUCAGGAUGGCACUCUGAUAGCCAGCUGUUCCAAUGACCAGACUGUGCGAGUAUGGGUCGUAGCAACAAAGGAAUGCAAGGCUGAGCUUCGAGAACAUGAGCAUGUGGUAGAAUGCAUUUCCUGGGCUCCAGAAAGCUCAUAUUCUUCCAUCUCUGAAGCAACAGGAUCUGAGACUAAAAAAAGUGGCAAGCCUGGGCCAUUCUUGCUGUCUGGAUCCAGAGACAAGACUAUUAAGAUGUGGGAUGUCAGUACUGGCAUGUGCCUUAUGACCCUUGUGGGUCAUGAUAACUGGGUACGUGGAGUUCUGUUCCAUUCUGGGGGCAAGUUUAUUUUGAGUUGUGCUGAUGACAAAACCCUACGUGUAUGGGAUUAUAAGAACAAACGAUGCAUGAAGACCCUCAAUGCGCAUGAACACUUUGUUACCUCCUUGGGUCGACGCUCACCCACUGAGCCACGCUGGCUGGGCUAAUAAGCAUCUUUACUAUCAUCUGGACCAGAUUCUAGAAGUGAAGAAAAUUUCCAUAAGACGGCACCAUAUGUGGUUACUGGCAGUGUAGAUCAAACAGUAAAGGUGUGGGAGUGCCGCUGAUUGAGUCUCUUUUGGCCCCUCCUCCUGAUUUUCCUCUGGAUGCACUCUGAUGAUACCAUGGUUACCCUAUUGAGCUCUGUUUAAAUAAAUAUUGUCCUUUCAUGUAAAUUAUUCUGGAUGUAGAUUGAGCUUAUUAAAUGUUACACACAAAGUAUUCAUGCAUGGUGAAUCCAAAUUGUAUACUGUAAAUUUACAUACGUUGUCUAGAAGUACCAUAGGGUUUAAAAACCUGGGCUGGCAUUGGUCACACCAGGCCUAAGAAGGCAGAAAUUGAAUAAUUGAACUAGGGCACUAAGCUGAAUAAAUUGACAGUGUCAUUUUAUGUUGGAUUAUUAAUUCCUGUUUUUCUUUCUGCUAUCUGUUGGUGCCUGACUUAAUGGCCUCAUUUGGGGAAAAGCGGUGGUUAUUAGGGUUUUUUUCUGAAAUGUGUAUUUAUGUAACAUCACUUAAGUGUGCUUAAUAAAUCUUUAAGGAUGUUAGAUAGAUAAUAAGGCUACAAUUCAAAAUCUUCUGAACCAUCUAUGUAAUUAUUGAGGAUUACACCUGGAAUUUUUGUCAUGACACAUUUGCCAAAUCAAUAGGAUACAUUUGUUUUGGCAGCCUAUCAAGCAAAGGCUAGUGGUAUAUUUAUGUAAGAAAAUGAGUGUAAAUCUCAAAUAAGAAAAAUUUCAGCAGCUAAUAGCAAAUCAUUUAUUUCAUUGGGUCUUAAUGCGUUGUAAGCAGAUUAAAAAAUACUGUAAUACUGUAAGCUUCUAUUCUCCACAUUAAACACACUUCUAGUUGUAUUCUCCAUACUACUAGACUGUGUAGUGAUGUGACUUCCAAGUAGAAUUUAAUCUUCCCAUUGAGUGUGUCAUGAUACAAAUCACUAUUCAUUUUUGAUGUUUUUUAGAGAUGUGCAAUGUGCAUUACAUAAUGACAGAAAGAUUGAAAAGCUUAUGUAUGCUCAUUUUAAGGGAGAGGGAGAAAUAUAGCAGUUUUGUUUUUCAACAGGAAUCUGACCAAUUUGAACUGUGUUUAACUUGCAAGUUAAAAAUGACAGGGUUUAAUGGAGCGUGCAUAAAAUGUACUGUGUUUUCACCUUUUGUUUAUAUAUAAAUGUUUAUAAGCAUAUGGACCUAUCUAUUAAGUGGAUAAGUCUGUAUAUGUAUAUCACACACAUACAACCUCCAUGUCCUUGGGCCCUGGGUUUUUGAAGAAGUGCUAAAAUACACAAAUAGAAUAAAUCUUGCUGUGGAAUACCGUGCUUUAGAAUAAACCCUUUUUGAUCUUAACGCUUCUGAAAACUAGGUCUGAGUCUAUGGGAAUUUUUCCCACUCACAGGAAAAUCACUUCUGCCUAGCCAGUGUGGCUCAGUGGUUGGGCCUCAACCUAUGAACCAGGGGGUCCACCCAGGUUUGAUUCCAGGUCAGGGCACGUGCCCUGGUUGCGGGCUCGAUCCCCUGUGUGGGGCAUGCAGGAGGCAGCCGAUCAAUGAUUCCCUCUCAUCAUUGAUGUUUCUCUCUCCCUCUUCCUUUCUCUCUGAAAUCAAUAAAAAUAUAUAUUUUUAAAAAAUAACUUCCAUUAUCUGCCUCUACCCCCAAUUUGGCAGUUCAGCAUUUUACAUUUCCCUGAUACAUUGUGUAUUGUGAUCCAAAGUUACUACAAGUAAAUUUAAGAGAAUUUUUGUCUAUGACUUUGGAAAUAAUAUUCCAUUACAAAUUAUUAAAAAAUUUUAUUGCUUAGCUAACCAGGUUUUUUUUUUAAUGGUUAUUUGAAAAGUUAAUGAAAUAACAAAAACAGUUUAACAAAUUUAUUCUGAAUUUCAUUUUAUUCAUUUGUUUAAUGUGGUUUUUAAAACGUUCCUUUUAGUAUUUAAUGGAAAGUUGGUUUCUGGAAAAGACAAAGGGUUAGAAUUAAUGUCCUGUAGAUACACAGAGAAUAGAUCGUAUAUUUACUAAAAGUUUUAUGUCUAGCUUGUGUAUUUUUGUUUGUUUGCUUAUUUGUUUUUAAUUCCUGAAAGACCUCUCUGGAAGGAAAAGUGUUUUUGAGAACUAAUGGCUAUUUUUGAGGACAAAAAUUACAACUUAAGCUAAUUUCUUAAGCUCAGAAUAACUUUCAGGACAAUACUGCCUCACAACCCUGCUCACACUGAGAAGUCUUUUUUUGUUUGUUUGUUUUCUCCUUAGCUGUUCUGACUGGAUUUUUCUACAAAAGCUAUGGAAAAUAUCUUUGUUCUUGUUUGCUGCUAUUUCCUGUCCUGUUUUAAGAAAUAUACCUAGAAAUGGUGCAUCUUAACAUUUGUUUGUACAUGUAUAAAUGUCUUGUAUUUUAAUUCAUUUUUAGCAUGUAGCAACACAAAUUGUUGAAGGGUAAGCCACAACAUCUAGAAAUCAUUCAUAGAUACAAACAAUAAAGGAAAAAAUGGUACCGAUUUAGGAGGAAACAAAGCUGCUGUCCACUGGGUUCUUCUCCCGCAGCAUACAGUGACUCUUGUUGACAAAGAAGGAGAGACGUUGUUACUCUGUAAACCAAGUUUCCUUCCUUGGGAGAUUGCCACAGCCUGCUGCUUAGUUGAAUUACCAGACAUCCUCCAUUUAAGAAGCAGCGAACAUUUGAAUCUCAGGGAUGGUCCUCAACUGGAUCCAAAUGUAAGGAGCCCUGUUUGAAUAAUGAGGGGGUGGGGGAGAGUGAUCCAUCCAGAAUCCGAUUUUCAGAGGUUUCCUGUACUGUUGUUUGAAACUGCCCUGUUGAUGCCCUUUCUUCCCGUUUUCUCUGUCUGCUAUCUAACCCUGUGCCUUGCCUGGGAUAAGUACAAUGAUAAGGUUACUGGUUUGGAUUGUGAGUAGAGGAAUUUAUUAAUUGGUUUAGAGGUUCACUGCUGCUUUGUCACUUUCUCAAUCAAAUUGGCCAUUUAUUUAUGAAAUAAAAAGCUGGUAGAAUCGCAUCCUCAGAUGAUUAUUGACUUGUGUCUGUGUGAAAAGACAUUCCAGUGCCACCCUAAUAUAACAUGCCCAAGAAGUCCUCGCUGCACUCUUGGAAGUGCAAGCCACGGAAACUGGUUUAGACAUCACUUGGAGAAUAGUUGCUUUUUGACAUGGCAUCUUGCACUUUAGGAGACUAAGACCGUCCAGUUUCGUCCAUGUGUGGUGUGACCAAUGGUGUGCCCAGAGCACUGCUCUAAAAUCACUAGUGUUAGCAAGUCGUCCGGGCCAUGGGGCGCUCACUGUAGUCUUUGGAAGCUUUGGCUCUAGAUCACCAAGCCCAGUCUCCUUACUGUCAGUGCCCUGCUCUCCUGUUUGCCUCUUUCUGUUUCUGUGUGAACUUCCAGGUAAUAAUCACUCAUUAAAUAGUUUUUUGUAAAUUUAUUUAAAGAAAAACUAUUUAAAAGUAAAGGAUAUUUUGUUUGUUGACAGUGGUGGCUUGAUAAUCCUUAAGCAACUGACGUUAAAAGUGUUGGAUUGAAGGACAAGGCACUUAAAAUGGUUCCUCUUUCUGUCCAGCUGUAUAUAAAUCCAGUCUGUUAAUCGAGAUGAUGCAAAGAAGACUCUCCUGGUAGAGAAGCAACAUGUACAAAAUUGGUGGAAAGGGCUUUUUUGUUUUUGUUUUUUUUCCAGUGGGGUGGGGGGAGGGCAAGCUGGAUUUACAAGUCAUGACUGGACUGAACUGGCCUUUUUAUCUUUACACUAUUAUCAUGUAAGUAGCUGCUUUCUUGUCCUGCCUAUCCUUCCGUCAUCCCUAAAGCUCACUCUGAAGAUGACAAAAAUAAACACAAAAUCUUCGGGUUAGAAGUUGAUUCUGACCGACACUGACACGAAGGCAAGCAUUGAUUUCAUGAACGUUGCAGAGGUGGUGUUUGGAGAAAACAGUUCCCCAGAUUGUAAGAGUUAACUGAAGAUGUUGACACAAUUUAAAAAAAAAUCAGUAAAGGAAUGUAUAUAAUAUUGCUCUUGUGUUUUACAGUAAGAUUUGUUGCUCUCAGACUGUGUAAAACAAAAAUUUAUUCAUGUUUUCUGCAUAUUAAAAAAUCUUAUUGUACCAAUUGGUAAACUAUUAAAUGCCUAUAAACCUA